AUGUCGAAAAUGCGAAUCAUCCUCCAAAGCGUCGCCCCAAGCGAGAUACCCCUUUCCAUUCUUAACCGCGAAGCAGCAUCAUCACAAAACAUCCAAUUUCGCUCCCUUCCUUGUUUACCAAUAGCUCCUUUUGAACCGCAAAGGAUCUUAUGCCCUGUUCAGGUUAGCGAUAAGGCGUAUUGGUGGUUUGGUGUAAUAAGAUUACAUGCAGUGUAUAUUGUGAGGGCUCUGGUCGGUCUUUGGCUGUUACUGGGAUUGCAGCUAUCAAAUUGGACCGUUAGGCUACGAGCUAUGGGGUUUCGGUGA